CAAUCCACACCGGCAGCUGCCCAUCCCACCCGUCCCCAUCUGAGCUCCCCGUCGGCGUAGGUCCCCACCGCCUGACCUCCCCUCGCCGUCGCGAGACCGAGCAGCCAGUAGCCGCAGGAGUAGGUGCUCCGUGUCCCGCCCUCCAAUACGCUGAAGGGGACGCCACCUCCCCUCUUCGCACGGCACGCGUGGUGUUCGACGGAGAGCCGCACGGGACUAGGAGGUGGGAGCCGGCGGCCCGCCCAUGUCGACCGGCGCGGACGGAUCGGCGCUCGCCCCCCCGGCCCUCGACCCGAUGCCGGGCCCGGAGCCGAACCGUGAGCCGCCCGUGCCGCAGGCUCCGGAGCCGGCACCGCAGCAGGAGAUGGUGGCGUUGGAGAUGGAGGCGCCGGCGCCGCAGCAGGAGGCGGUGGCGUUGCAGAUGGAGGCGCCGGAGCCGGCGCCGCAGCAGGAGGUGGUGGCGUUGCGGAUGGAGGCGCUGGCGCCGGCGCUGCAGCAGGAGGUGGUGGCGUUGCAGACGGAGGCGCCGGUGCCGGCGGUUACCAUCGUGAUCUCGCGGCCAGGGGACGAGGUUCAGGCGCCCGACGCAAAGGGCGUCUCCCCAGCGUCCUCCCCGCAGGCCGGUGGCGGCAAGGCCACGGCCGCCUCGGUGUCGGUGACUGCUGCGGUGGCCGCGAAGGAGGCCGAGCUGGCGAGGUCCGACAGCUUCGACGACUACGAGCAAUGCAGAGUUUGUCAGCAGAAGACAGAAGAACCUCUGGUAGAUCUUGGAUGCAGGUGUCGUGGAGAUCUUUCUAAAGCACAUCGCACAUGCAUUGAUGUUUGGUUUCGUACUAGAGGAUCAAACAAAUGUGAGAUAUGCCAGCAAGUGGCUGUCAAUAUCCCUCCUCCAGAGACGCAAGCAAGUACAAGUUAUUGGGUUUGGAGGGUUGAUUCGACUUAUGGAAGGGGACGAGGAGGACGUGAAAGGGGAUGGUUUAGCCCACUUUGGGUUGCGUUUGCAAUUCUGAUUGGUGGUCUCUUAUUGGACGUGCUGAUAUCUGUUUCCCUUGGCGUUUCCGCACUUCCUGUCAACAUAAUAAUUGGUGUGCUUAUCGUUCUCGGCUUGGGCACCGCCCUUCGUCUAGCUCUGGAGUGCUGUCAGGAAUGGGGCUCGAGGAGGAAUGUGAGCAACAUGCCAAGGAUGGAUAACAUACCGCCGACUGGGUACCAUCCUGCAGUCGUAUGAUUCUAGGUCUGUAAAUAGCGUAGAAACAUCUAAGCUCGUGCUGGCUUUUGGAUUGUCCUCGUGAUUAACUUAAUCUCACACGAUUGCUGCUCGUCAAAGUCGAGCUCAGAUUCAAAGCUUGUUGAUCACGAUCGGGGGUCAUGCUCCAAUGUAAAUAACUAGUUCCUGAUGCUGAGUGUUCGCGAGCAAGUGUUCAUGCUAGAUUGUCAGCCGCA